GGCAACUUUUUGAAAUGAGACUUCCACUUCGAGUUUGCCGGUCAUGCGUUACUGCCUUACGAUCAUUUAGUAAUGGAGCCUCGAAAAGAACGCCGCUUUAUGAUUUUCAUAUUUCACAUAAAGCCAAAAUGAUUGAUUUCUGCAAUUUUCUUAUGCCAUUACACUACUCAGACCAAAGCAUCAUUGAUAGUCAUCAAUUUGUGCGUCAACAUUGCGGUCUUUUUGAUGUUUCCCAUAUGUUGCAAGCAAGUUAACUUAUUUAUAUUUAUCUACAACAGAUGCAAGUUUCUGGGAAGGACAGAUUUAGCUUCUUAGAAUCCCUCACUUGUGCUGAUAUUGAGGGAUUACCUAUUUCAUCUGGAACUCUCUCUGUAUUUUUGUUAAGUAGCGGCGGAAUACUAGAUGAUACUAUAAUAUUAAAAUGCAAAGAACCUUAUUUGUAUAUCGUUUCAAAUUCAGCAUGUUCAUCAAAGAUCAAGAAUCAUGUUACAAAAAUGAUGACUAAAGACGUAAAUGACGGUAAAGGAAUAAACAUUAAAGUUCUAAACCAUUCUCUCCUAGCACUGCAAGGACCAGAUUCAUAUUCAGUUCUCCGUGCAGGUAUCUCAUCUACUGAUAUAAGGAACUUUGAAAAUCUUUUUUUUAUGGAAAGUAUGCUCAUUGAUUCAAUCUACGGUUUGAAUACUCCUGAUGGUGAUAUUCGUUUAACACGUUGCGGAUACACAGGUGAAGAUGGUUACGAAAUCAGUGUCCCAUCGGAAAUAGCAAUCCCGAUUGCUGAGGUUCUGGUAAAGAACCCUUCUGUAAAACCUAUUGGGUUAGCUGCUCGUGAUACCUUGAGAUUAGAAGCUGGUUUGUGCUUAUAUGGAAGCGACAUAUCGGAAGAAACAACUCCAGUUGAAGCUUCUCUUUCAUGGCUUAUUUAUGGUACAAAAAUCUUUGAUCAAUCUUUGCAACUGGAAAUAGGUGUCAUUACAAGUGGUUGUUUUUCACCUACAUUAAGUAAGAAUAUCGCAAUGGCUUAUGUAAAAUCUGAAUAUUGUGGAAAUGAUCGACAACUUUUUGUACAAAUUCGUCAAAAAUUCUAUCAAUAUACCGUUACAAAAAUGCCAUUCGUUGCAACUAAAUAUGUUAGACGAUCUUAAAAAUUAUAGGGCCUAUUAAUAUUUUGUAUUUGGUUUGAUAUUCCUCGUUUGUUUAUUUAUUUUAAAUAGUUGAUGAUUUCUAAAAAUCUUUUCUGUUCCUAUUGAACUCUUAACUUAUUUCCAACAAUGCUGCUAGAUGUGUAUAUUUUCUAAUGAUUUCUAAAGUUAGUGUUUCUUCAUUUAGUUUAUAUUGUUGAAUGAAAAAUAUUAACUUGAUAAAUUUAAUCUAUCCAAUGUUUUAAAUUUUCGAAAUAACUUAAUCAAAACAUAUCA